CAGAUUUCUCGCUGUGAGAGAGAGGGGGGGUUAGCGCUCGCUUUAUUGAGAGAGACGGAGAGAACGAGAGAGAGAGAGAAACAACUCUGGACGACUGAAGACUUGCUGCUGCCACAAACACAUAACGACAGAAACACCUAAAGAAAAACAGCUAAAUACAACUGUAAAAGUUACAGAUAGAGCCAUGGACGGGAUGGUUACAUUUGGACGCGCUUCUCUCCUGUGCACCUUGCUGCUUUGCUUUUCAUUGCAAGUGUGCUGGGCCAUCGUGACAGUGACAGUGACUCCCAAGGUGGAGGUGAUCAAGGGAGAGUCAGCCAGUCUGCCCUGCACCUUCAUAAUCCCCAACUCCCCGAACAACAUCGUGGAGUGGUUCAUUGAGGAGGGUGGCACCAGGAAGCGUGUUGCGUUCCGCUCCGUGUCGGGCGGCGAGGGGAAGAGUGAUGAGGGGACACGUCUGUCCGACAGAGUGACCAUGGGAAGGGACUUCUCUCUGACCAUCUCCCCCGUGACGGUGGAGGACCAGCUGCCCUUCUACUGCCAGGUCACUGCUGGCCCUGCCGGGGUUGGAGAGGCCAUCACACAGCUCAAAGUCUUCUUCGCUCCAGAGAUGCCAGAGGUCACUGGAUCUAACCAGGCCAUAUCUGUUGGUGACUCCUCCACACAGGUGGGCCAGUGUGUGAGCCAUAACGGUCACCCCCAGCCCAGGAUCAUCUGGUUCCAGGACUCCAAGCCUCUGCCUGAGGUCAAGGACAACAAAGAGAAGGUGUACAUGGUGCCGUCCGUGGUAAAGGAAGCAUCAGGUCUGUUCACCAUCACCAGCACCCUGAUGAUGCAGCCCCAGAAGGCUGACAAGGACAGCGUAUACCACUGCACCGUGGAGUACAGCAUGCCCAACGACAUGAUCAAACAGAUCGACUCUGACACCUUCUCCCUCACCCUCAACUAUCCCUCUGAGACAGCGACCUUUGUCCUGUCGAACACUGAGCCAAUCAGAGAGGGUGACGAGGUGAAGAUGAUGUGUGAGACAGAUGGAAACCCUCAGCCUGAGUUUGAUUUCUCCAAGGAUGGGAUAAACAUUAAGGAAGGAGUUGCCGGGGGACUUUUGACUCUGAAGUCCGUCAAGCGUUCGGAUGCUGGGGUGUACAAGUGUAUGGCCACCGACUUUGAUAACCUGGAUGCUGAUCUUAAUGGAGAAGUCAUCCUCUCUGUCCACUACAUUGACCCAAUGAGUGUGAGGCCUGCUGGUCCAUUGUCGACAAUGACGGGAGACAUGGUGGAGCUGCAGUGUAAGACCAAGGCCUCAGACUCACACACCGUCCAGUGGAAGAAGGGCUCCACGGUGCUGUCCCAGACUGGUGUCUUGUCUCUGAAGUCGGUGACAUUCGCUGAAGCUGGCGAGUACUCCUGUGUGGGUGCAGUGCCCUCUGUGCUUGGGCUCACCGCCAAGGCCAGCGUCAAUCUCACCGUCUCAGGUAAACCUGAGAUUGACGCAGCUGUUGAUGGAAUGGUGGAGAAGGAGGGAGACAUGGUGACUCUGUCCUGCUCUGCUCACGGACACCCUGCCCCACAGUUCACCUGGACACCCUCAGGAAAGGAAUCGGUGUCGGUGAAGGGUAACAAGGUGGUCAGUAUGGUCAUGCUGGAGGCCAGUGCUGCGGUCCUGAUGGAUGGGGUCACCUGCGAGGCCAGUAACGACCACGGCGCAGCGUCGCAGGCCUUCAAAGUCACCACCAAACAAGCCGUCGAUCCCAACGCAGCCAAUGAUACAGGCAGAGGGAACCAUGUGCUUAAAACAGCUGAUAAGCAGCAGGGUGGCUCCAGUGGCGUGGUGAUAGCCGUGGUGGUGUGUGUCCUAAUGCUGCUGCUGCUGGUGGCACUCCUCUACUUCCUCAACAAGAAGGGCAAGCUGCCCUGCAGCAAGAAGGACAAUAAGGAAGUGGAAAGUGGGAAUGUGAAUAAUGACAUUGUGGUGGAGAUGAAGACAGAAAAGGCCAAUGAAGAAGCUGUCCUCCUGAACAAGCCAGCAGCACAGCAGUGAGGAACAGAGGAGAAUAUGACACAAGAAGACAGAAACAGAAAGAGAGGGAUGAAGGGAUGGAUGAAAAACGACAGCAGGGCUUGUUUUAUUUUUGAUAGAGGGAGCAAUCGGACUGAGGGAAAAAUACAGUGGAAUGGGAUGGUGUUUUUGUAGGAAUGGGGGUAACCAUGGGGGGGGGUAUUUAAACAUGAGACCUAAUACAUCACUGAACAUCAUCUGACUUCAUCAUGACAUUAUCAGAGCAUAAUCCCUGUCCACCAAUCACAACUCUUGGUUGACUCCCAUGCAGAGUAGAGCUGUACAGUAAACAUGUGUCCAAUGUGACUCUAGCCAACUCCAGUAACCCUUCUCUACCCCAAUCCAAACACAAAAUGCCAUUAAGUCACUGUUUGUUGUAGGAGUGUGUGUGCGUUCGUGUGUGUGUGUUUGUGAGUGUGUGUUUGUGUGUGUGUGUGCGUGUGUGUUUGUGAGUGUGUGUUUGCGUGUGUGUGUGUGUUUGCGUGUGUGUGUGUGUUUGUGAGUGUGUGUUUGUGAGUGUGUGUUUGUGAGUGUGUGCUGUAUUGCUUUGUGUAUCUGAGCUGUGGGUUGUUCUUCGUUCAGUCAGUAUAGAACUGGAUGUGUCUGUUAUGUGUGGAGUCUGCAUCUAGCCCAUUUUGGUGGACAUGGGAAAAACACAAACUGUCAUGCUAAUGUACAGUGCCUUGCGAAAGUAUUCGGCCCCCUUGAACUUUGCGACCUUUUGCCACAUUUCAGGCUUCAAACAUAAAGAUAUAAAACUGUAUUUUUUUGUGAAGAAUCAACAACAAGUGCGAC